GAGCGAUCGAGUAAAACCUUCUCAUUUGCUUGUAUAUAUAUGUGUGCACUUCUAUGUAAAGUUCCUCACAGAAAUUUAAGGAGUAUUCAUUCUUCCAUCUAUUUAUUUAUUCCAAGAUAUAUUAUCAGUAAUUUACUCAUUAUAAAGGGAGGAAUUGAAUUCCUUAGGAGAAAGAAUGGGAAAAGAGAUAGUGAAAGCAGAAUUAGGUGAGGAGACAAAUUUCAACUGGCCAUCAGAUUCAUCGUCAACGACAUCAUCCUCAUCUGAUAAUGAGGAAACAAGGAUGCCUUUGUUAGCACUGAACCAUGUUUCCUAUGUCUGCAAGUCUGUUCCUACAAGUGUCCAAUUCUAUGAGCAAGUUCUUGGUUUUGUUCUAAUCCAGAGGCCCUCUUCCUUCGACUUUGAAGGAGCUUGGUUGUUCAACCACGGGAUUGGAAUACAUUUACUAGGAAAAGAAGAUGCAGAGUCAAAGAAGGGAAAGAUAAACCCAAAAGAUAACCACAUUUCAUUCCAAUGUUCGGAUAUGGACCUCAGUAUUCAAAGAUUGGAUGAAAUGAAGAUUGAGUAUGUUACAGCAACUGUAAAAGAAGGUGGAGUCACUGUGGAUCAACUCUUCUUCCACGACCCAGAUGGAAACAUGAUUGAGAUAUGCAAUUGUCAAAAUAUACCAAUUCUUCCACUUUCCUCUUGUCCUCUCAAGAAGUUCAACAAAUAUCCAACUUUCAACCAAACCAUGCCUAAUUCUUUUCACGGGAAUGGAACCAGUAAGAUGAAUUGCUUAGGAGAAAUGGAAUAUCUGAUGUUGGAGAACUUAGCCAUGAAUAUGAUUGACAUUUCAUUUUGAAUAUUUAUACACAUCUUGUACGCGACGAGUCUUUAUGUUUUUACCUAAUUCAAUGAAAGAAAUACAGAAAUUUC